AUGGCUUGGAUUAUUUUCCCGCAUCUGCACGGGACUGGCGCUGCUUUUGUUCUGCUUGCGGUGAUUCUGACAGGUGAUGCAGUUUCGCAGGUUUUUGACAGCUAUGGAUUAUCAUACGCCUUGAGGUCUGAGCUGUCAGAGGACACGAUAUUGGUUGCCAAUAAUGGGAUCCGCGUGCCUUUCGGGAGAUCAGUUUUCAUUGAUCCCAUCAACGAUUUGGUUAUACAAGUUCAGCCAGGCGAUAGAUGCAGCAUAACGGUUCUGGACAAUGAUCCCUUGUCUCAAAGGCCUGGACACCUGUCUCCGAAAAAGUUUCCGUGUGAAUUUGGCCCCAACGACGUGAAGUAUUCUCACUUUGGCUCCAGGAGUCCUCCGGGGGAUAGAGUGAGAUUACAACUCAGGUAUGACACCCAAACGGAUACGAUUAUAAUACCUUUUAUGAUGGAGGUGGAAGUCAUUUUCACACAGCUGGAAGUGCUUACCAAAAACAUGCCACUUACUGUCGAGAAACUGCUUGGCACGAGUAACCCCAUCGAUAGAAGAAUUUUAGAAUUCACCUAUGAUAAAAGUACAGCACAAUGCAAAAUAGGCUCUCUCUUCAGUGGCAGCGUGCUCCCCAGGUACGGGAAACUUGUGGAUGAGGACAGCCUUGGAACAAUGUUGGACUGUGAUGAAUUUAUUCAAAUGAACAUCCGUUAUCAGCAUACUUUUGCUUUGAAGUCACCAAACAGAGAUUACAUUCCAAUGCUUGUGGAGUUACAUGAUAAGGAAGGCAAUUUGCUAAAGCAGGAAUUGUUCCAAAUUUUGGUAAGGAUUAAAGAGGGAGAGGAUAACAGUGCUCCUAAACCCAGCUUUGUUGCAAUGAUGAUGAUGGAAGUAGACCAAUUUGUAAUGACAGCAAUAACUAUGGAUAUGCUGGCUGCAGAGGAUGUAGAGUCUAAUUCUGAUGAAUUAAUUUUUAACAUCACUUCCACCCUGUCCUUUGAGGAAGGCUACAUAGUGAGCACUGAUGAUAGGAAUUUACCAAUAACCUCAUUUUACCAAGGAGACCUCAAAGACUUGAAAAUUGCCUAUAAACCCCCUGCUGUGGAUUCAGACACUGAGCGGAUUUUCCAGAUUGAGUUUGAGGUUGUGGACACAGAGGGGGCUGUGUCAGACCCUUUUGCUUUCAUGAUUGUUGUUAAGCCUAUGAACACGUUGGCCCCUGUGGUGACUAGGAAUACUGGCCAGUUACUGUAUGAGGGUCAAUCCAGGCCUCUGUCCAGUUCACAGAGUCUACAAAUCAGUGAUGAGGACGGUUUGGACAAAGUCAAAAUCACUGUUAUUGAUGGGCUGAGGCAUGGAGAAUUGAGUGUUCUUGGCUUGAGGAGGAAAUUCUUCACCCCGGCUGACCUCGAUGCUGGAUUGGUCAUUUAUCAACAUGAUGGCAGUGACACAUACAGUGAUAAUAUAAUUUUCAGAAUGACAGAUGGCAAAAAUGAGGUUGAGUUUCUGUUUCCCAUCACUGUCGUGCCAACUGAUGACGAGCCUCCCAUAAUCAAUGCCAACACUGGGUUGGUUUUAUUUAAAAACCAAAUGAUGCCAAUCUCCUCACUCAUGCUCAGUGCAGCAGACAUUGACUCAGAAGAUUCUUCAAUAAAAUUCACAAUAGAGCCUCCCUUUUCCACAAUUGGACAGGUGAUGCUGCGUCAGUCUGAGGCCCCAGAGGACCCAUCAGACUGGAAGUUUAAUACAGAGGAUGAAUUGUAUGAGAAAGUAAUAAGUGAAUGGCUGCAGCAGGAUAUUACCGAUGGAAAACUGUUUUACAAGCACAUUGGGCCUCACAGUGCUAGCACAGUUAUGGAUCAGUUUGUGUUUAGAGUUCAAGAUGACAAUGACCCACCAAACCAAUCUGGAGACAGCUCAUUUAUUAUCAAAAUUCUCCCCGUUGACGACGUCGCACCUGAACUGUACCCCGGCACAACUCUGCAAAUGACUGUGCACGAGUAUCAGCUUACUUACUUAAGAAAGAAAUUCCUCCGUUACACUGACCUGGACUCAGAGGAUCGGGAUCUCAGAUACACAGUCAUCCAGCCACCGACGGAUACUGAUGAGAAUAGUCCUGUUGUAUUGGGAACUUUGGUAUUAACGGAAAAUCCGAACACUGUAGUCACAAUUUUCACUCAGGCACAAAUUAACCACCAUAUAGCUUACAAACCGCCUGAUUUAGAGCUUGGAAUCACCAGUCAUGUUUUGCAGUUUCAGUAUACUGUGGAGGAUGUUUCUGGAAAUGUUGUAGAAGACGUUUUCACUAUAUUUUUAAAGCCUGUAGACAACAAUCCCCCUCAAAUAACCAACUCUGGAUUUACUGUGCUUGAACGCGGCACACAUAUCAUUACUAGUGCUGAGCUGGACACCUCAGACACAGACACAGACAGCAAACAGAUAUCUUUCACUAUUACUCAGCCUCCAUUGCAUGGCCAGAUUCAGUUCACAUUCACUGACAUGACAAAAGGGGACACUUUCAGCAUAGAGGAUAUUGGAAAUGACAGGAUUUCAUACAUCCAUAAUGGAGAUGAAUCAACAGUUGAUUCAAUACAAAUAGAUGUCAGUGAUGGUGUCCACAUUGUCCCAAUUACUAUAAGGAUUAUUGUGAAGCCGAUUGAUGAUGAAACUCCAACUAUCAAUCUCCCAGCUGGCACACUUGGUUCUUACAUAGAUGUACUGGAAAAUGGAGCAACGGAAAUCACAAGUAAUGUAAUUCAGGGAAGAGAUGAGGACACGGAUGACCUCCGCUUGACCUUCAUUGUGGAAGACCCACCAUCAUUAGGUGAAAUUCUGGUGAAAGGUGUACCCUCUAGCACAUUCACCCAAUCUGAUAUUAUUAACGGCUUUGUGGUCUAUGCUCAUACCAGUGGGGAGAUAGGCUUGACCACAAGGGAGGACAUUUUUAAUCUCACUUUGACAGACAUGUCUGAUGAGUGGACUGUAGGAGGAAAUAAGAUCACCGGUGUCAGAGUGCAUGUAACUAUUCUUCCCCUGGACAGCCAAGCUCCAGAGGUCUUUGUGGGGCCAAUUUUCACUGUUGUUGAGGGAGAGAAGAAUGUAAUUCAAGUUGUUCAUAUAAGUGCUGAUGAUGCAGACACCUCCAACGAUGACCUCCUUUGUACAAUCAUUGUACAGACGACUUCAGGAUAUGUGGAAAAUAUCUCCCCUUCCCCAGGUUCAGAGAAAUCCAGGUCUGGGACUGCAAUCAGUGCUUUCACCAUCAAGGACAUCAGACAGAAUCACAUUUACUAUGUUCAAAGCAUUCACAAAGGAGUUGAGCCAGUGGAGGACAGGUUUACGUUCAGAUGCUCUGAUGGCAUCAAUUUCUCUGAAAGGCACUUUUUCCCCAUCUCAAUAAUCCCCUCUAAUGAUGAAAAGCCCGAGAUUUACAUGAGAGAGUUUGUAGUUAUGGAGGGCAUGAACAUAGUCAUUGACACUCCCAUUCUGAAUGGUGCUGAUGCAGAUCUUCCUUUGGAUCAGUUAACAUUCAUCAUUACCAAAACCCCCAAGCACGGAUUUAUCCUCAAUCAGCUCACUACUGGAACCAUCCCUGUCUCUAACUUCACCUUGGAUCAGAUCAGGGAGGCCUCUAGCAUUGUGUAUGAGCACGAUGACUCAGAGAGCACAGAGGACAGCUUUGAUAUUGUGCUCACAGACGGAAAGUUCAGUGUAGAGAAAACUAUAAUAGUUAUGAUUAUCCCUGUGGACGACGAGACCCCGAGGAUGGCAAUAAAUGAUGGCCUUGAAAUUGAGAUAGGGGAUGUGAGAGUCAUAAACAGCAAUGUUUUAAAAGCUACCGAUCUGGACUCAGAGGAUGACAUGCUAACUUAUAUUAUUCGCUAUGGGCCUGGCCAGGGAUAUUUACAGAUGGCAACACCUUUUGGCACAUUGCAAAAUAUCACAGUUGGAAUGAACUUUACACAGAAUGAAAUUGAUCAGGGUUUAAUUGUAUACAUCCAUAAUGGGCAAGAGGGGAUUCGAGACCUCAUCAAAUUUGAUGUGACGGAUGGCAUCAACCCUUUGAUUGACAGAUACUUUUAUGUCACAGUGGGUGGCAUUGACAUGGUUUUCCCAGAUGUUAUCAGUAAAGGUGUAUCCCUUAAAGAGGGUGGGAGGGUUUCUCUGACAACAGACCUGCUUAGUACCAGUGACCUCAACAGCCCAGAUGAACACUUGGUUUUUACAAUCACCCGAGCUCCCAUGAGAGGACACCUUGAGUGCACAGACACACCUGGGAUGCCCAUCUCAUCCUUUACACAGCUCCAGCUGGCUGGCAACAAAGUCUACUACAUCCAUACCUCUGACGAUGAAGUGAAGAUGGAUAGCUUUGAAUUUGAAGUGACUGAUGGCUAUAACCCUGUGUUCCGCACUUUUCGCAUCUCCAUCACUGAUGUGGACAACAAAAAGCCUGUGGUGACAAUACACGGCCUGGUGGUAACUGAGGGGGAGAACAAACUUAUCACGCCUUUUGAGCUUACAGUGGAGGACAGAGACACCUUUGACCACUUGUUGAAGUUCACAGUCACUCAAAUCCCAGUUCAUGGUCGCCUGCUCUUUAACAACACCCGGCCUGUCACCUCUUUCACAAAGCAGGACCUGAAUGAGAACAGGAUCAGCUACAAGCAUGAUGGCACAGAGAGUGCAGAGGAUAGUUUCUCCUUUACUGUAACUGAUGGCACCCAUACAGACUUCUUCAUCUUCCCCGACACAGUUUUUGAGACUCGAAAGCCCCAAAUGAUGAAGAUAACAGUCCUCCCCGUGGAUAAUGGAGUACCGCAGAUUGUGGUGAACAAGGGUGCCCCAACAUUGCGGGUUCUGGAGACUGGUCACCUGGGGUUUGUGAUCACCAGUAAGACCCUUAGAGCAGAGGACAGAGGCAGCAUCCAAAAAUCUGUGACCUUUAGGAUUACUAUCGCCCCAGAACACGGCUACCUGAUCAACCUUGGCAAGGGAAAUGCCACUAUCUCCAUCUUCUCGCAAGCUGAAAUUAACGACAUGAACAUAUGCUAUGUUCUGAGAGAUGGUGACAAUGCUACAAAUGACAUCUUCUAUUUCUCCAUCGAAGACAGCGGAGGCAACAAACUGAAGAACCAGCAGUACCGUCUGAACUGGGCUUGGAUCUCUCUGGAGAAGGAGCACUAUGUGGUGGAUGAAGAGGUCAAGUUUCUGGAGGUGGUGCUGAAACGUCGGGGCUACCUCGGGGAGACUUCCUUCGUUAGUAUUGGCACAAAGGAUGGCACCGCAGAGAAGGAUAAAGACUUCCGAGGGAAAUCUCAGAAACAGGUGCAGUUUAACCCGGGCCAGACCACAGCCACCUGGAAGGUGCGGAUCCUGUCAGAUAGCGAGCAUGAAGUGUCUGAGAGCUUCCAGAUCGUUCUGUCUGAGCCGGUGAUGGCAGCCAUUGAAUUCCCGCUGUUUGCUACUGUGGAGAUCCUGGACCCCGAUGAUGAGUCAACAGUGUUCAUCCCCUCAGCUGAAUACAACAUAGAGGAGGACAUUGGAGAGCUGCUGAUCCCGGUGCACAGGAGUGGAGAUGUCAGUCAGGAGCUCAUGGUCAUCUGCUGCACACAGCAAGUUUCGGCCACAGGCACCGUGCCCACCACCGUGCUGUCAUACUCUGAUUACAUCUCCAGGCCUGAGGACCAUCACAGCAUACUGCGCUUUGACAAAGGAGAGGUGGAGAAAUCCUGCCGGGUGGUGAUCAUUGAUGACUCUCUGUAUGAAGACGAGGAAAGCUUCAAUGUCACCCUCAGCAUGCCCAUGGGGGGCCGUCUGGGCUCAGAGUUCCCCGCAGCUAGAAUCACAAUCAUUCCCGAUAUGGAAGACGCUCCCAUCUUCUACUUUGGCAACACAGACUACCACGUGGAUGAGAGUGACGGCUACGUGGAGGUGCAGGUAUGGAGGACGGGGACGGAUCUUUCCAAAGGAGGAACCGUGACAGUGCGCUCCAGAAAGACAGAUCCCGUCUCUGCUGAGGCUGGUGUGGAUUACGUUGGGAUCAGCCGGAAUCUGGACUUUGCACCAGGGGUCACCAUGCAGACGUUCCGUGUGACCGUCCUGGAUGACCUGGGCCAGCCGGUGCUGGAGGGGCCCGAGAAGUUUGAAUUGGUACUCCGAAUGCCCAUGAACGGGAUCCUCGGGGAGCCAAGCAAGACUACCAUACUCAUCAAUGACUCAGUCUCAGACUUGCCAAAGGUGCAGUUCCGUGAUGCUGUGUAUGUGUGCAAUGAGAACUCAGGGCAGAUCUCAGCUACAGUAUACCGUAGUGGAGACAUCAGCUACAAGUCCACAGUGCGCUGUUACAGCAGACAGGGGACAGCCCAGGUCAUGAUGGACUUCAAUGAGAGGCCCAACACAGAUGAUUCCAUAAUCACCUUUUUACCAGGAGAGAUUGAAAAGAUUUGUGUACUGGUGCUAGUUGAUGAUACAGAACAUGAGGAGGAAGAAGAGCUACGCCUUGUGCUGGGAAGCCCCAAGAGUGAAUCUCCAUUUGGAGCAUCUAUUGGAAGUCAGAAUGAAACGCUCAUCAAGAUAAAAGACGAUGGAGACAAGGCGAUUAUUAGGUUUGGAGAGACCAAAUUCAGUGUGAAUGAGCCAAAGGAAAGUGGCCAAGUGUCUGUGGUGAGGAUCCCAGUGCUGCGUGUAGGAGACCACUCCAAGGUGUCUGUUGUCCGAGUUCACACCAAGGAUGGAUCUGCCACCUCUGGGGAGGACUACAAUCCCAUCUCUGAGGAAAUCGUGUUCAAACAGGGUAUCACUGAGCAAUAUGUGGAGGUGGAGAUUUUAUAUGAUAUUGUCAGAGAAAUGAGGGAAGCAUUCACUGUGCACCUGAAGCCUGAUGAAAACAUGGUAGCAGAGACAAAGAUGAGCAAAGCCAUAAUCUAUAUCGAGGAGACCAACAGUAUGGCGGAUGUAACCUUCCCCUCGGUGCCCAGAGUGGUUUCUCUGUUGCAUUACGACGACAUCGACAGGAGUAGGGACUCUUCACCUGUGGCCGGAUACCCCGUCAUUUGUGUGACUGCCUGUAACCCCAAGUUCCCAGACUAUGACAAAACAGGCUCCAUCUGUGUAAGCGAGAACAUCAACAACACCCUGACUCAUUAUCGUUGGCUGGUCAGCGCCCCCACCGGGUCAGAUGGCGUAACCAGCUCUAUGAGGGAAGUUGACUUCGAUACCUUCUUCACCUCGUCCAAGCUUAUCACUCUGGAUUCAGUCUAUUUUCAGGCUGGUUCCAGGGUGCAGUGCGCUGCCAGGGGCGUGAACUCUAACGGGGAUGAAGGUCUAGAGCUCAGUAGCCCCAUAGUGUCCAUCAGCAUGGAUGAUGGAAUGUGCCAGCCGCGUGUUGCCGGCACAGUGGGGGCCGAGCCCUUCUCGGCCAAGCUGCGAUACACUGGAAUGGAAGAAACAGAUCACCCAAAUCUCAUUAAACUGACUGUCACCAUGCCCCACAUUGAUGGUAUGUUGCCUGUAGUUUCCACCCGAGCCCUGUCUAACUUUGAGCUGACACUGAGCCCCGACGGUACCCGCGUUGGAAACCAUCGCUGCUCCAAUUUGUUGGACUACACUGAGGUCAAGACUCGCUACGGCUUCCUUAGUGAAGCCACUAAAAAUCCAGAAGUGAUCGGCGAGACGUCCUCCUACCAAUUCAGCCCUUCCCUCAGGGGAUCCAGUACACUACGAUUCUACAGAAACCUCAACCUGGAGGCUUGUCUGUGGGAGUUCACCAGCUACUACGACAUGUCUGAGCUGCUCAGCGACUGUGGAGGCACCAUUGGGACUGAUGGACAGGUGUUGAAUUUGGUCCAGUCCUAUGUGACUCUACGAGUCCCGCUCUACGUCUCCUAUGUCUUCCACUCCCCUGUUGGAGCAGGAGGAUGGCAGCACUUUGACUUGCAGUCAGAGAUGAAGCUCACGUUUGUGUACGACACUGCCAUCUUAUGGAGGGAUGGUAUCGGUAGCCCACCAGAAGCUGAACUACAAGGUGCCCUGUACCCAACCAGUAUGCGUAUAAAUGGACAGGGACGACUAGUAGUCAACUUCCGCACUGAGGCUCGAUUCAGAGGCCUGUUUGUUUUUGCACAUCCAGCUUCACCUCUAACCUCUAUGGUCAUGUGUCCGGACCACCCUGGUAUAACCUAUAACCUCAGUCUUGUGAGGAAUGAGCCGACCUACAAUCAGCCCAUCCAGCAGUGGACAUUUGUUUCUGAUUUUGCUGUGCGCGACUACUCUGGCACGUACACGUUGAAGCUCAUCCCCUGCACAUCUCCCCCGAACCUGGAGUAUAACAUCCCCCCUGUAUGCAACCCCAGAGAGCCCCUUACCUUCGACAUGGACAUCCGCUUCCAGCAGGUUAGCGACCCGGUGGCUGCUGAGUUCAGUCUGAACACACAGAUGAUCUUACUCUCAAAGCGGACGCUCUGGCUUUCCGACGGCUCCAUGGGCUUUGGACAGGAGAGUGAUACUGCCUUCUCCCAGGGUGAUACAAUUUACGGCCGAGUAAUGGUGGAUCCAGUGCAGAACUUGGGCGACUCCUUCAUCUGUAACAUAGAGAAAGUGUUCCUGUGUACUGGAGCUGAUGGAUAUGUCCCUAAAUACAACCCCGGCAACUUUGAGUUUGGCUGUCUGGCGGAUGCUCCCUCUCUUCUCUAUAGAUUCAAGAUAAUUGACAAGGCCCAGCCAGAGACCCAGGCCCGCUCAUUUGGUAAUGUAGCUUUCAACACCUUCCUUGCGGUGGAUGACCCCGGCGCUUUAGCUCUAGUGAGACAACCUGGGUCAGAUGGUUUCAGAAUAGAUUCCUCAGCUCUCUUCCAGGUGUCUGCAGGGAGGGAAUGGUUCAUUCACACCAUCUACACUAUCCGUUCUCGGAAUAACGCUAACCGUGGUAUAGGUAAGAGAAGCCUUGAGUACCAUGUAAUGAGCCAGCAAACAAGUCUACUUCCAAAGGGUCAACAUCGAGCAAGAAGAUCAGCCAACGAUGUGCCAGACGUAAUAGAAGACAUUGGUCAGAGUAACAACCGCGGCACCAACAUCCUCCACAUCGCGCUGGAUCGCAGCAGCCAGAAGAGGACGAGCCCAGAGAGAGAGAUCUUCACCAAAGGGAUCAUCCCACGUGAACUCAACCAGAAGGACAACAGUGAUGACGGACUAGUGUUGAUCAUUGGGGUCUUUGUGGGGCUGCUCCUCACGGUGCUCAUCAUUAUCGUCGUGGUGCUACUGGUGCGGUCCAAGCGAGUGAAGAAAGAUGUACCGAAGAAGUCCAGCAGCGCAGAGCCCAUGAUGACACAAGCCAUCAGUGACAGCUCAGAGGUCUAACAGACUGAUGAUAGAGAGUUACCGUUAAUAUUUUUCUUUUGCAAGUGCCUCACAUUUAGAUAAAAGAUUGAAGAUUGUGUGUGAAGCAACACAACAUACAAGAGCUUUGAUUCUAUUCAGAAAUCUACUUGAAAUACUGCAUCACUUCCACAACUGGGAAAUGGUUGGGACACUCACUUAGAGACGGACUUUGUUAGCGGCUGUUUUAAGGUUCUAAUGGAGUUUUCAGCACUCACUUAUUGAUUUGCUUUUUUAUGCCACGUGAUCCCAAAAAGGUGUUUUUACGUUUCCAAAGGUGCUACAGAAGAUGCCUCUUAACUUGGAUGGCAAUUGGUGUUUUACUGAGCAGGUCAAGAGAUGGUGGAUAUAACAAAUAAUGCAGUUGUUAACAGCAGGCUUUGUAUGUUUGAUUUUCUGCAUCAAGACACUGUCCACAGUCUGCUUACACUGGUUGAACCUGUCUGUUCUUAUAGAUAAUGAUUUGUCCUUAGAUUCAGUGCGUGCCUAAGAGAUCACAUCAUUAUGAGGUUUUAUGUUGUACGUUAUGAUUUGUCCUGUGUGAUGAUCAGUAAGACAUCAAAGUGAAAAACAAUGUUUCACAUGUGUUUGUUGUGUUCAUGAUUUAGCAUGCAUUUCAUUUUCUUUUGUUUUUUUAUCGUAAAAAUAAGUCAAAAUGCUGAUUUGAAUGGAGUUGUUGCAAAUGUGUCUACUGUAUUUCCAUUAGUGUGUUUUUUACACUGUAUCCCCUGAACAACAGUAUUUAUCAAUGGCCACAUUUUAACUCCCCUCUAAUAUUUAGUAUUAUCUUUAAAACUUGUAAUUGACACUAGGCACUAAAUCAAAAAGGAAAAGUAAAACUGUUAGAGUCUGUAGUAAUGAUUUGACUUUCAAGACAGCUGGUCUGCAACUAUAACUAUAAUAGCGGUUCCAGAUCCACUUUCUCCAACAGGAACCAUUUUCACUCUAAACUAUUACAUUUUUUUUUAAAUCCAUUUACACAACAACACAAUUAGUCAAUAUCCUUAAAGGGAAUUAAAUGUUUUACCUUGACUCAUCAUCAUACAUUCAGAACUGCUGUCCUCCCCCCUAUCAAUCACUUUGAAAUAUAUUUAUUUUGUGUGCUUGUCAUUUAGUGCAGAAACAAAUCAUAAUAUCCUUACCUCUCCCUUUAUGAUUUAGUUUGAACCUAUUAUUCUCAAAUUCUAAUUGUAAUGUAAUUCAGAUUUCAAUGUACAAUAAACAUAUACAGGUUAUGUAUACGUUUUAGUUUUCCAGAUGCAGGCACAGGAUUGCCAUAACACCUGAUUACCUCAUACUACUGUAUAUCCUUUGAUAGACUCUAAUCACUACUCUAUAAAAAGUUUAUUUGCAAUUUUAUUUUGAAAUUGAAUACAAUUCUAUGCAACCUGUGAAAUCAUACCUUCAUGAAAUGUUUACCCCAAGUAUGAUUAUUUUCAGUGCACAUUUUACAUUUGCUUACGUAUCUAGGUUUGACACUGUAUCAAUGUACUGCGGUUCUUUUAUUCCAUUCUAAUGCUUUGAGUGCGUCCUGAGUUUGUUUAUGCACAUGUAUGUAUAUACUUAUGUAUUACUUAUAAAUAUACCAUUUGGAUGUAUUGGGAAUGGUUACUGUUAACACAAAUGCAUACUGUAUGUGAUGUAAGUAUUUGUAACAUAGACCAGAAGCACAGCAUGGUCUGCAAAUAAAAUAAUUUUUCAAGAA